AUGUCGUGGAGGAUGCUGACAGGACACCAGCUCUGCAGGCUGUGUCUUUUCAGAAAGACACAACCAGCUCUGAAAAUCAAAUGUUCAGCAUGUGUCACCUAUCAGACAGACAGACAGCCAAACAAAGAGAACAAGAGGACGGUGGAAAAGCUCCAUGCAUGUUCAGUUGACAUCAGGAAAAUCCGCAGACUGAAAGCUUGGGUACUUCUGGAGGAUGACACCUAUGUUGAAGAGAUUGCAAAUAUUUUGAAAGAACUAGGUGCCAACAAAACUGUGAUAGCCAGCAUUUUAGAACGCUGUCCAGAAGCAAUUGUCUGCAGCCCUGCUGCUGUUAAUGCCAAAAAAAAACUCUGGCAGAUGGUCUGCAAAAACGAGGCAGAGCUUAUCCGGUUAAUAGAGCAGUUUCCAGAGCCUUUCUUUACUGUCAAGGACCAGGAGAUCCAGAAGCUGAAUGUCCAGUUCUUACAAGAGCUGGGACUCAAGAAUGUGGUGAUUAGCAGGUUUCUGACGACCGCCUCUAGCAUUUUCCACAAUCCUGUAGAGAACAACAGGCAAAUGAUCAGCGUUCUCCAGGAGAGCUACCUAAACUUAGGUGGCUCUCAGGCCAACGCUAAAGUGUGGCUACUGAAGUUAUUGAGCCAAAAUCCGUUCAUUCUGUUGAGUUCUCCCACAUCUGUAGGCCAAAUACUACAAUUUCUUCAAGGGCAAGGCUUCACAAACUCUGAAGUUCUUCAGCUUCUGUCCACACUUAAAGGGUUUCUUUUCCAACUUCAGCCAGGAAGCAUCCAGAGCAGUAUCUCCUUCACUAAGAUGACUUUUGAGUGCACAGACCAUGACCUGCGGCAGUUGGUUGUGAACUGCCCUUCACUGCUGUGUUACCCUGCUCCAGUCCUAGAAGAGAGAAUCCAGGAACUACUGAAGGAAGGAAUCACCGUGGCUCAGAUAAGACAGUCACCAAUGGUCCUUGAGUUGACGCCACAAAUAGUUCAAUACAGGAUAAGGAAGCUGAAUUCUUUAGGCUACAGAAUAAAGGAUGGGCAUCUACCAAGUCUAAAUGGAACAAAAACGGAGUUUGAGGCUAACUUUAGCAAAAUGCAAGCCAAGCAAGGCAGGCCACUGUUUAACCCUGUGGCAUCAUUACAUGUGGAAGAAUGA